AUGAGUGUUACAAGAAAUGAUGAUGAUGAUGAUGAUGAUGCAUCAUCAUCAUCAUCAAGCAGGAAGAGGUUCAAGAAUUUUGACCACAAUGGUGUGGCAUCUUGGUCAGAUGUUAACCAUGAUGUGCUUUUUAUAGUUAUGAUGAAACUGGGAGUUGUUGAUUUUGUUGCAUUCGGUGGAGUUUGCAAGUCAUGGAGGUCACUUGCAGUCUCAAACAGGAACACGUUUAUGGCGUCCAAACCACCCAUGCAGAUAAGCAUCGGGCCCCAUGUUAAUAAGGAAGACUCGUAUUAUUUCCUUGAGGACUUGAAAGAAAGAAGAUAUAAAACCAUUAUUCCCCAUUCUGUUGAGGCCUAUUUCGGAUUGACUUGUGGUUACCUUAUCUUAUUCGGAAGGGAAACCUGCGACUUCUGGCUUGUGAAUCCUAUCACAAGGGAUGAACUUCAUUUCCCCCAUUACCCCUUAAGUGUAAGUGCUCAUGAACUACAAAUGAGGGCUAUCAAGGGUAUCCUUGUCUUUUCACCUUCAAUAUCUGAGCGUGUGUUUGUUGUGUUACAUAGAAAAAAUAUAUCAUUUUCUAUAACGGGUAAACAAGGCUGGAAUCAUAUCUCCUCCGCUAUCCCCACUCCCGAUAUCUUUGAUUUACAUGUUGUAAAGGGGAAGAUAUAUAGCAUACUCAAGGAUUUUUCUUUAUGUGAACUCAAACUUGAUCAGAAUCAAAAUCUCAAAUGGACUUUACUCGAAACCAAAAAUCAUCCAAAGCAAAACUGGUUUCUACCAGAGUUUGUAAGUUCGGGAGAAAAGCUUUAUAUGAUAUAUCGGUCUUCAUCAUCAUCGAGAAAGGUUAUGGAAUUAGAUUUUGGUGAAAUGAAAUGGGUCUCUCCGAAAAAGACAACAGGAGAAUGUGUUUUCUUUCUUAGCAGGUUCACUUCUUGUGUUGCUAUUAAGCCGGAGUCAUGGCCUGAACCUCAGACACAAUACAGGAGCUGUGGUUACUUUCUUGAUGACAAUAAAAGUCCACAGUGCAUGUUCUGUUAUGAAUUGAUGUGGUACUUCCCUCAUGAUUGUUUGAAUGUUAGUGUCUUAGAUGCGUGA